AUGCACCAAGGUAAGCAACAGAAAGUUUACAGCUUCCACCAUGCCGGGCAGCCAGACGGAACUGAGCAGCAGCAAAAUCGUGAUUGCGAUGACGAUCUAAUGUCAGGCCGACUCAGGGGUAAGUCUCCCCGACGGGAUCGCCCGCCAGGGCUUGUUGGCUGCGUCCUUGAGGAUGGAUUUUCCCGAGCGCUGGUUGGUAAAGCCGAAUAUGAAGACGAGGAUCCAGACGUAGUCAACGUUGUGGCCAGUGGAGGUAGUAGCGAUAAGGAUGAAUGCGAGCCCCGACAGGACACUCAGGAGGGCGAGGGUGACUAUGGGGAAGAUGAAGAUCUUAAGCUCGCUUUUGGUGUCGAUGUACAUGGUCGUAACUAUGUUUAG